AUGGAUUGUGAUAAAGAACGUGCUAAUGGUUUAUGGUUUGUCCUUCGAACACGAUUUUAUUCUAGUCUCGCUCCGUGAAACCGCCUGAUUAAAAAAAGUCGUGCUUAGUGACUCGUUGUGCUUUAAUUUCGCACGUAAAGUUUAAACGAUUCUAUCGACCUAUCGUAUUGCUUAGGCUCUUGAUUCCUAUCGUUUCGGCUAGUGUUUGUUCGGUUUUUACGUACUAUGCAGUUGUAAGAUAGAGAGCACAUUUCAUCAUGGAAGUAUCAGAUAACCCUGAGCCUGCUUCUGGAGAUGAAUUCCAAGCUGCUAACGAGAACGAAGUCAUGGAACCAUCAGCAAAACCACAGCCCUCUUCUGGGGAUAAAUUCAAAGUGAUAAACGAAUGUGCCGUAGAUGAUAUUUCCCUACCUGCAUUCUACCAGUCACAUAGUAUCGCUCUAUUAGCUGUCUCUAUUGUCAGCGUUAUUUGUUUUUCAUUCCUCAGAGAUGAAUCCGAUGUCGAUAGUAACAUUUGGCAUGGAUUACUAUGUAUCAUAUUCUUCUUACUCAUCGUAUCAGUUCUAUCAUUCCCUAACGGACCAUUUAUCAGACCGCAUCCUGCAGUAUGGCGAAUGGUAUUCGGAUUAAGUAUUUUUUAUUUAUUGGCGUUAUUAUUCCUACUGUUCCAAGAUUACGGUACAGCCCGUAAAAUAAUUUUAUGGCUCGAUCCGAAGCUCAAAGAUUUCCACAUAGAUAUGGAUAAGGAAUAUGGAGUUAAUUGCUCAGACAUAACAGUCGAAAAAGUUUGGUCUCAUCUGGAUGUAUUUGCUGUCGGGCAUUUUGUCGGAUGGGCCUUUAAAGCAGUAUUGGUUCGCCAUUGCGGUAUUCUAUGGGCUAUGAGCGUCAUGUGGGAAGUGACAGAGAUCGCUUUCGCCCAUUUAUUACCAAACUUCGUAGAAUGCUGGUGGGAUAUCUUGAUCUUGGAUAUCUUACUUUGUAACGGCAUUGGAAUCUGGGUAGGAUUGAAAAUUUGCAAGAUUAUGGAAAUGAGAGAAUACAAAUGGGUUAGCAUCAGGGAUAUUCAUUCUACGACUGGUAAAUUGAAACGAGCUGUGUUGCAAUUUACACCUGUUAGUUGGACCUAUGUUAGAUGGCUCGAUCCAACGUGUACGUACAUGAGAUUCUUCGCAGUUUGCCAAUUAGUCAUAUUUUGGCAAAUAUCCGAGCUGAAUACUUUCUUCCUGAAGCAUAUUUUUGAAAUGCCGCCAUCGCAUCCUCUAGUCAUUGGUAGACUGACAUUUUUCGGUAUCAUGGUCGCUCCUUCGGCAAGGCAGUACUACAGCUUUGUUACCGACCCGGAUUGUAAAAGGUUGGGGAGUCAGUGUUGGGUUCUAGGAGCAGUCAUAUUUACAGAGUCGUUAUUAUGUAUUAAAAAUGGAAAAGCUUUAUUCGAACGUACUCAGGCUUUCAAUAUAAUAAUAUGGGUUUUAUUCAUGCUGUUGGCUUCUGUAAUUUGCGUUUAUGGAUUUCAAGCGUGGCAGUGGUAUUUUCAACGUGAAAAAUUGGCUGAUCGGUCGCCUCUGUUACGCAGACAGCAAACAACUGAUAAAACUCGUAACGUUCAGUCAAAUUCGUACGCUGAAUCACAUCAGGAUGAUUUGAGACAAAGGCCUAAGCACAAUACAAAUGGAACUGUGGAUUAGUUUCGGCUACACACAACGCGCACAUCCUCAGUGCUGAUGGAUCUCUUCUCUCUCUUGUUUGUUUUCUUUUUUGUUCUUUUUUCCUCCCUUUACUCGUACAAUAAAGAUCUAGGUGUAUUUAUCCUUACGUCUAUGUUCGAUAAGCAGAACUGUGAUAAGAAAUUUUUAUUUAAUGACCAAAAAAAACGAUUUUAGAAUGUGUAAGUGAAGGAUUAUAAUUUGUCGCUUGAUAAGUUGAAAUUGCGUUUUUCAUAUCAUCAUUAUUUAGGGCAUUUUUUUUUUUUGUUUUGUGUUACUAUUGUGUUACCUUUUAGUUUAGGUAUGAAUUUACAAAGACGAUAUUUUUAGUUAGAAGAACGUAUUAUGUUGUUUAAAAAAAAGUCAGAUUUAUAACUAAGUAGUAUUUUUUAAAUUUAAUGAUGUAUCUUGUUUAAGAAGAAAAAAAAAUUGAUUUUCAUCAGUUACAUUGUUAAGUGGUACCUAUUUUCUUCUUUUGUAAUGUACCUAGCUUAAUGUGUAUUACUCCGUUCUGUAGUUGAAUAUUUUCAUGAUUUAGAUUUUCAUCUUGAUCACUGAAACGUGUUUUUUAAUCGUAUCACAAGUGACGAAUUUUUUGCUUUCAACUUUCAAUAUUGUAAUUAUGGCUUUUUUAUUGGCCUUUGUGUGCAUUUUCUUUGGCAUUUUUUUUUUAUUUCGGUCUAAAGCGUUGUAAAGGAAAUACGUGAGCUUGGGAACAUAUCGUGCUACAUUAAAUUAAAUGCUGUUGUGUUCGUUGAGCGUUUUUCAUGUACCUCUACCUAUAAUAAACGAAUUGGAAUAUCUGAA